CGUAAUUGAGGGAACGAAGUAGAGAAAAAGUUGAAAUGUCCGUCUUCUCUCAGAAUGCGCUUAUGUCAAGCGAUUUCAACUUGAUAAAGCGUUUAUGUGUGCCAAUCAAUAGUUAAUACAUUUGACGGUUCCAAGAGAAUUCUUAAUGAACAUGACCGAUGAUCCAAAUCACGAUAUGGUGCCUGUAAAAGAAGGUUCCUACGCGGACAUAUGUGCCAGUGCUAUAGAUCCUAGAGAACGUCACCUAGUUUGCAAACUCGAUCGCUAUGAGUUGGAAGACAAAUAUCUGCGAUUGCUCGACGAGGCCAGCAAUCUGAAGAAACUGUCGAAUUGUCAGGAAGACAAAAUCAAACGGCUCGGCACGAAGCUGCUCAGACUGGCCGGUACUCCAAGAUCAUGUGGAUUGGCGUUAGAUAUCGAAGAUAAAAACCGAACGGCGUCACUCGAAUACGAAAAUAUCAAGUUGAAAGAAAAGAUUGCUGUGAUGAGAAAUCAGUUGUUGAGUCACACAAUGAGCAGCAGAUCGACAUCACGCAGCCGCACCAGGCCGACGUCUUCCGGACUCGUAACGUGCCGAAGCGAGAACAACCGCACGAGAGUACCGUCUUGUCAGUGUAUCGUCGGAAGAGGAGGAGGAGGAGACGAUGACAAUUACCUCGUUAAAAUCGAGAAACUGGAGGCGCAGAAGAAAGACAUGACGUAUCGUAUAGCAGAGUUGGAGAAGGAGCUGGCGCUUGUGACUAGUAGUCAAAAAGAGAAAAUAGCGGAGAAUCUGGAAUACAUACGAGUGUGGCGACAGAUGAAGCAGCUGAAUGAUAAACUAAUUACGGCGCAGGAAAAGAACGUCGCGUUGACUACUGAAAUUAACGGACUGAGACUCACUCUCGAGCAAACGACAAAGAACAAUCAAGAAAUCGUGGCCGUUCUCACGUCGGAAAGAACGCGUUUAGCCGAGAUCGACGAACAGAUGUUGAAGGCGAGAGACUCACAGUUCACGUUACGCGAGAAGGAUGAGCAGAUACGAGAUCUCAUGAGCGAAAUUAAAAUUCUUCAGCAACAUAAUAAUGAGCUUAUUAUGCUCACUUCAAAAUACAGCCAAGUUGAGAUGGAGAACGGCGAAUUGAAAAAGAAGCUUUCGGAACACGCUCAGGAGCAACAGACCUUGAAAAGUGCAUUCAACAACGAACAAGCUAAUAUUGUAGCGUUAAAAACUACCAAUGAGCAAUUACUCGCGAAACUUCAACAAUUGCAGGCGAACAUAGAUACCUUGAAAGUACAAUUAGCGGACGAUGCUAAAAUGACGAUCUCGAACGUGUGUGCGAGGUUAGAGAAUUUCGACAAGCAGCCCGUUACGUCGCAAGAGCAGUGCAAGAAAUGUUGCGAGAUGUUGGACAAAAUCACGCAACUGGAAAAAUGCGUCAGCAACACUCGAGAAAAUUGGCAACCGAUCAACAAGUCGGUGCAAACGAGAAUUGUUGUUACCAAGAAUCAAGAUACUAUGACGACCCCGAACAAUGAGAUAGCAUCGUUGCAAUCAUCGCCAUUAAAGGAAUUGAAGAAUCAAGAAACGAACAGCACCAGAGUCUUAUCGCGGGAAAAAAUACUGAAGCUGUUGGAUCAGGCACAGAUCAAUACGCCUUUGGACACCUCGAUGAUCGCCUCGAAGGAAGAUUAUGCGAGUAUCUUGAACGUAGCUCAGAGGCAUAGCAAUAAAGAAGUAUCUUUUCGAGAUGGAUCAGAUCUUGUACAGGAAGUUUCACAGAAAAUCGCAAAUUUGGAAAAUUCCAGUGUGACGUUAGUUCAAAUCUUUCUGAUUCUAUUUGAUGUUUUGCAAGAAUGCUUAUCAAGUUAUCAAGACCCUGUCAAGACUCCGGUUACUGAUGUUAACAACAAUAUUAUCUCUUCGAUAAAUACUUCUGAUAUUAAGCAAGACAAUCUUAGCGCAAACACGACAGAAACUCUCGAAUCCGAUAUCACGAGAAAUGUGCUUCUGUCUACUGCUGUUAGAACCGACAGUUACACGAAGCUCAAGUGCGAAGAAAAAUCCACAAAUGUCUCAAUGAAAAACGCCGACGUAUCGACAAAAGUUACCUUUUCCCCUACAACUUACGAGAAAUGCAGAAAGCCGUCAUGUCUCCGCGCGGAAAAACGUUUGACGUCAUCCUUGCAAAAAGUACCUUGCAAGAUUGAAUAUUUAAAAGACGAAUUGGAAUCAUUGAUGCGUCCCACACCGUCCUCUCCUUUAUUAAUUACCGACAAACAGGGUCUCAUCGAGAUUCACAUUUCGCGACUGCAACUAUCUACAUCGGUCACGAAAAUUCCCGAGGCAGAGGACAUAUGCAACCUUCUCGUUUACAUAAGCUGGGACCUUUGGGGCGAGAAGACGGCUCACACGCCGCGAAUGAAGUGUCCCAAUCUGAACUUCAACUCGUCCUGCGUGUACCACAUAAACGAUCUCUUUUCCUUCUUCAAGAACGUGCUGUCGGAUUAUCUGAUCUUUCGGGUGAACAUCGUUCGUCGGGACAACACCAGCUGCAUGCUCGCGCGCGCGAAAGUGUCCAUCAAGGAUAUUUUGGAUUAUCCGCAGAACAAGCUGCAUUACAUCGUGCCGGUGAACGGCGUCAUUUCUUGCUUCUGCGGCAUUAACUUUGGUCAGCUAUCGCUCUGGACACGAUUGAGUUGCAACGUCGAGAUGGUGGAGGCGUUUAAGAAACAAUGCGGCAUUAUCCCGCUGCGGGACGCUCCUCCGACGGUCCCACCAGCGGAAGAGAACGCGUUUCAGACCUCGCGGCCAAAUUUUCCAGCCGCACCUCCUCAAGAAAAAGUCGCCGCCGAAGAAAUAUCGAUUUUCGAUCGGGAUGCGAAGGACAAUUUCGUAUCUGAAUAUUCGAAUGAUCGAUCAGAUGAAUAUGAAACUGAAAACUCGGACUGGGAGAAGCAUACCGAAUCGAAUAACGAAUGUUCCAACGACAUAAAUGAAUCCGAUGAAGACAGCAACAAUGAAGUGAUUACAAUAAAAAGUCCAGCUUUCGCAACAUCGCAAGAUGACGAAAGCAACAAGAAAUCGAACGCGCGAAAGGACACGCCGAGCCUGGCGGAGUUUAAGUCUCUACUCGCGAAUGACGUUUUGUUGCUCCAAGAAUCACGCAGCACAAUCCGCGACAUAAACGAGGUUUUUUCGAAGAAAAACUGGGAGAGGUACAGGCAGAGGAGUCUGCUGACUUGUGACAAUGCAAUUAGACCUAAAUCGUUAAAUGUGGACUCGCAGGAUUGCCGGCAUGACACUUCUGCUCGUGAUAAUAAAAAGGAUACGAUAACUAUAGAAAUAGUGAGUAUGCGAUUUUUGGAGAACAGUCCCGUGAUGAAGGAUGACGACAUACAGUUACUUUACGUGGAAUAUUCCUUCCUCGGGCAUUACGGCAAGAACAUGGAGACCAUCGCGGUAAAGAAGCCAAAACGCGCUAAUCGAGAGAUGAUCUACAAUUUCAGAAAAAAAUUUCGAGUAAAUGAAAGAACACAUCCCAGAGAAAGAGACAUGUUACGUGACAUGUUGACCGAAAAAAUGAGUCCGAACGUAACGUUUAUUGUUGUUUGCGAACCGAUGCCCGACGAAAACGAAACCAAAGAGUGCGAGGAAAUCGGUUACGCAACGCUUAAUUUGAAGAAGUAUAUACUCGGCGAUGAUCAACAAGAAAUAUCAUUGUCAAUUGUAAACGAUCUACGUAAACAGAUCGGCGUCUUGAAGAUCAUUGUGUGGGGUUACGAUGUAAUUCGUCAAUUUCUGUAGCCAUGUGUUAACGUGUAAGAAAAAUAAAAAGUGUGCGAGGUGAGAUAAAGUGGUGGAGAUGUGACAAAUGUUCUGUGAACGAGAAACAAGAAAAUUUAAACUUGUAGUACGUCGAAUUACAUAAAUGUAAA